UGGAUGGAAAACCACAAUCUAACAGUGGUGAAUGAAUUCAUUCUCAUGGGAAUCACAGAUAUUCCUGAGCUGCAGGCACCAUUAUUUGCAUUGUUCCUCAUGAUCUAUGUGAUCUCAGUGAUGGGCAAUUUGGGGAUGAUCAUCCUCACCAAGUUGGACUCCAGGCUGCAAACCCCUAUGUACUUUUUUCUCAGGCACCUGUCACUCACUGAUCUUGGUUAUUCAACAGCUGUGGGACCCAAAAUGUUAGUAAAUUUUAUUGUGGAUAAGAAUACAAUAUCCUAUUAUUUUUGUGCAACACAGCUGGCUUUCUUUUUUGUGUUCAUUGGUAAUGAACUUUUUAUUCUCUCAGCAAUGUCCUUUGACCGCUAUGUGGCCAUCUGUAACCCUCUCCCAUACACAGUAAUCAUGUCAGAAAGGGUAUGUCAGGUGCUGGUGGCAAUCCCCUAUCUCUACUGCACAUUCAUUUCUCUCCUAGUCACCUUAAAGAUUUUUACUUUACCCUUCUGUGGCUACAAUGUCAUUAGUCAUUUCUACUGUGACUGUCUCCCUUUGUUACGUUUACUCUGCUCCAAUACUCACGAAGUUGAAUUGAUAAUUUCAAUCUUUGCAGCUUUUGAUUUGAUUUCAUCUCUUCUGUUAGUUCUUGUGUCUUACCUGCUCAUCCUUGUAGCCAUUCUCAGGAUGAAUUCUGCUGAGGGCAGACACAAGGCCUUUUCCACCUGUGGAGCCCACCUGACGGUGGUCCUAGUGUUCUAUGGGACUUUGCUUUUCAUGUAUGUGCAGCCCAAGUCUAGUCAAUCCUCUGACACUGAUAAAGUGGCUUCCAUUUUUUACACCCUGGUUAUCCCCAUGUUGAAUCCCUUGAUCUACAGUUUAAGAAACAAAGAUGUAAAAUAUGCUCUACAAAGUACAUGGAAAAACUUACGUAAUAUUUUUCUUUAA